AUGGCAAAUUCUGCUGAAUAUACAUCGUUAUUCGCACUAGUGGAUAGCCAUCUCUCUAAAACAAGCAUUAAUUCUGAUAAAUCAUCAAUCGAAAAUCACAAUAAUGGGCACAACAGCACUACCUCAGAGGGUCAAAUUAUACCAAGUUUAUGUUCAAGACUACCUGCCUCACCAUUCAGCAAGGGUUCCAGUUCCAUUCAUAAUAUUUUAGCAGAGCAAGUCUCAAAUAUGCUGAAAGCUAAAGAAAAGAAAAAGCAAGAAGAGGAGAGAAAAAUGUUGUUAAAUAAUACGCCAAAAGUGGAGAAUAAGAAAGAUGAUACGUUUGUAAUUGAUUUAAUGCAGGCCUUACAAACACCAUACAACCCUCCAAAACCUAUUAAAAAAGAAAAGGAAUUAAGUAGGAGUCAAUCAUUUGAAAAAUUAUUUCAACUGAAGUUGGAUGAAUCUACUGAAGAAUCCAGAAGUAAAGUAAACCCUCGAAGGGUCUUGCUGUCUCAGAAAUCAAAUAUGAAAACAUAUACAAGGAAAAUGGUCCGUGCAGGAAAGCCAUCAACAUUUGGAAAAGUCAUGUCAUCGCGUUUUAGAUGUGUAACGGUCCCCUACAGGGAGGAAACACUUCAAUUUGAUAUCAAGGCAUUUGAUUUUGCUACACCCUCACCAUGUGAUAUAUUCAAAUCAAAGUUGAAGAGACCCACAAUGUCCUGUACCUACACAGCCAUUAUUGAGUUCUAG